CUUUGUAUGGUAUGAGGCCUCUCUGAAAGAAUCUGAGAAUAGGCCUGAGAUGUGUAGGAUGAACUGGAGGCCAGCAGACUGGACAAGAAGAAGUUAAUUGAAACUUAAACAGAUAGGUGAUCAUUUUUAAAAAGCAUCAACGACAUUUGAAAACAUUCACAUAAUAUCUGUGGUUUAAUCAUGGACCAAAAUCAGCAUUUGAAUAAUACAGCAGAGGAAAAAUCUUCAGGGAAAAGAAAAAAGAGACGCUGCGAUGGAUUCAAGAUUUUCUUGGGAGCUAUGUCAUUAAGCUUCAUUUGCAAAGCACUAGGUGGAGUCAUUAUGAAAACUUCCAUUACUCAAAUAGAAAGAAGAUUUGACAUAUCCUCUUCUAUUGCUGGUAUAAUUGAUGGAGGCUUUGAAAUUGGAAACUUGCUUGUGAUUGUAUUCGUGAGUUACUAUGGAUCCAAAGUACACAGACCGAAGGUUAUUGGAAUUGGUACUUUCAUUAUGGGGGUCGGAAGCAUUAUGACAGCUUUACCACAUUUCUUCAUGGGAUAUUACAAGUAUUCUACUGAUGCCCAUAUUAAUCUAUCAGAGAAUUCAACACUAACCUGUUUGGUUAAUCAAACUUUAUCACUCACUGGAACACAACCUGAGAUAACAGAAGAAGGUUGUGAAAAAGAAUCAUCAUACAUGUGGAUAUAUGUCCUAAUGGGUAACAUGCUUCGUGGGAUAGGAGAAACUCCUAUCAUGCCACUGGGGAUUUCUUAUAUCGAUGAUUUUGCUAAAGAAGGACAUUCUUCUGUUUACAUAGGUGGGUUGCAAGCAAUAGCAAUGAUUGGUCCAGUCAUUGGCUUUGUAAUGGGAUCUGUGUUUGCAAAAAUGUAUGUGGACGUUGGCUACGUAGAUCUAAGCAGCAUCAGAAUAACUCCCACGGACUCUCGCUGGGUUGGUGCUUGGUGGCUUAGUUUCCUUAUAUCUGGACUCCUAUCCAUUAUUUCUUCCAUACCAUUCUUUUUUCUACACAAAAAUCCAUAUAAAUCAAAGAAAGAAAGGAAAGUUUCAGCAUCUUUGCAUGUACUCAAAACAAAUGAAGAAAGGACUCAAACAGCUAAUUUGACCAACGGUGAGAAAAAGACUACUAUAAAUACAAAUGGUUUUUUCCAGUCUUUGAAAAUCCUCCUUACCAAUCACCUCUAUGUUAUAUUCUUGAUUUUGACAUUGCUACAGAUAAGUGGCUUUAUUGGUUUUUUUACUUAUGUAUUCAAAUACACAGAGCAACAAUAUGGUCAGUCAGCAUCUCAGGCUAAUAUUUUGUUGGGACUCCUAACCUUACCAGCUAUGGCAACAGGAAUGUUUUUAGGAGGAUAUAUCAUUAAAAAACUCAAAUUGACCUUGAUUGGAAUUGCCAAAUUUUCAUUUUUUACUUAUUUCAUGUCUUUCUUGUUUUUUCUGUUAAAAUUUGGUCUACUUUGUGAAAACAAAUCAAUUGCCGGCCUAACCUUGACCUAUGAUGGAAUUAAUCCAGUGGCAUCUCAUGUAGAUGUACCACAUUCUUAUUGCAACUCAGACUGCAAUUGUGAUGAAGAUCAAUGGGAACCCAUCUGUGGGGACAAUGGAAUAACUUACAUUUCACCUUGUCUAGCAGGAUGCACAUCUUCAAGUGGCCAGAAAAAGUCUAUAGUCUUUCAUAACUGUACUUGUAUAGAAGGGUCUAAUUUCCAGAACACAAAUUAUUCAGCCCGUUUGGGUGAAUGCCCAAGAGAUGAUAAUUGUAAAAAAAAAUAUUACUUCUAUUUAACUGCACAAGUCGUAAGUUCUGUUUGCAAUGCAUUGGGAUCCGCCUCAUUUGUCAUGCUGCUUGUGAAAAAUGUUCCACCUGAAUUGAAAUCACUUGCAAUGGGUUGCCAUUCACUGAUUAUACGAACACUAGGAGGAAUGUUAGCUCCAGUAUAUUUUGGGGCCCUGAUUGAUAAAACAUGUUUGAAGUGGUCCAUCAACAGCUGUGGAGCACAAGGGAGCUGUAGGGUAUAUAAUUCUGUAUUAUUUGGAUACGUCUACAUGGGCUUGAUACUACUGUUAAAAGUUCUAGCACUUAUUUUAUAUAUUGUAUUAAUUUAUGCCAUGAAGAAAAAAUAUGAAGGAAAAGAUACCAAGGCAUCAGAAAACAGAGAAAAAAUCACUGAAGAACCAAAUUUAGAACCUUUAAAUAACAAUGGAUGUGUUGCACCUUCUGGAGUAGUCAAGGAAACACAUAAUUAAGGGAAGAAAAAGAUACUUCUGCUGAUUUUCCAAAAUACUUUAUUGAUGCAGUAAGAUGCUAUUUUUGAGUUUCUGGUUCUUUCACUGAGAAUUCCUGCACUCUACCUAUAAUGUAAAAUUGAAUAAGUAUAUGAAUUUGAAACAAACUGUAAAUAAAAAGGAAUGUAAGGACUCACAAUUAGGAUAUAGGUAUGCAUUCAUAGUUAAGAUUAGAAUAUAUGAUCCAUAUAGAUUUAAAGUAAAAGGUUCAGUUAGUAUACAAUAGAACAAAAUGUAUUCACUCAGUUAAUUGUAACUCUCAAUAAAUCAAGUGGCUAGAAAAUGUGUAGAGGUGAAAAAAGAGGAAAGAAAUUAGUAGCCUCAAUAAGGAGAAAAACCUGGUAUUUAAAAAAAAAUAACAACAGUUUGGAUGAUGUCACCCAAGGCUAAAGUCUAGCCUGAUGAAGGAUUUAUGCAAUCAUGACAAUUGCUAUUCAUGUUAAGUCAUAUAUUUCACAGACUUCAUUAAUUAAAAUUUUGAAAUUGUGUUUGAUGAACAAUCCUGAUGCAUCUUCUUCCUAUUCCCCAAUAAAAUACUGCUGAAAAUAGAGAUAUUAAAAAUUUGCAAGCUCUAAUUGUCAGAAAACAUAUGACAGAAUGGAAGUUGCUACAGAGUCCAUAGAAAUUGAGUAAGAAAAACUGACUUGAGAAAGUAAAGACUGUUUAACAGGUAUGUCUUCAUUCACCUAUCUUUAUUUUCUGGCAUAAGUGAAGUCUUCCAGAUAACAUAUAAGCUAUCACCAUUUUUACAUGGAUUUUUGUUUGUUCUUUUAGUUGUUUCUGAUGCACAAAAAAUUAUCUUUCACUUUUCUACAAGCAAACCAAGAAGUAAAAUGAAUGAGAACAAAUCCUUGAAUAUUGUGUGUUCUGGUGACAUUGGCUGUAGUAGAUUGAAUGCUAGAGACAGAUUGUAGUUUUUAAAAAUUGUCAUUGGUUAAAAGUUUUUUGUUUGCCUUAAAAACACCUGUGAAUUAAAAAAAAAUAUGUAGUCAUA